AUGAAUUCAGCAACUGCAACAUCACCAACCAUCACCAAUUCAAAUAUAAAUGAAAUACCAAAUGAUUUAAAUGGAUUAACAGUAUCACAGUUAAAACAAUUAUUAACAGCUAGAGGUUUACCAAUUACCGGAAAUAAACAAGUAUUAAUUAAAAGAUUAGAAAAGAUUAAAGAAGUUCUUAAUGAAAAAGAGACAAAUGAGGAAGAGGAGGAAGAAGAGGAAGAAGAGGAGGAGGAAAAUAAAACUGAGGGUGAAAAUGGAGCAUCAUCUACUACUACAAAUGCAACAACUACCACUACUACACCCCCACCACAAAUCGCUUCACCAAAUACAAUUUCUAGUCCAACUACUACAACCACAACAACUACAGCUAUAGCAGAGAAUGGAAAUUCUACCAAGGUUAAAAAGAGAAAGAGUGGUAAAAGUCCAAAGAGUGCUGCCAAAAAAGAUGAUGAAGAGCUUGAAGACGAUGAUGAAGAAGAGGAAGAGGAAGAAGAAGAAGAAGAAGAAGAGGAAGAAGAGGAAGGUGGUGAAGAUGAGACCAUUCAAGAAGAAACCAACAAUACUAUCGCAGGUUCGGCUGAAGAAGAAACCGAACAACAAGAGGAAGAAAUGGAGGAAUCCAACGAACAAGAUGAACAAAUCGAUGACAGUUAUGAAGAGAACAACGACAACAAUGAAAACAAUACAACCGAAGACCAGGAAUUAGUUAAAGAAUUAUUAGGUGGAAAUCAAUAUUCAGAUGAUGAAGAUUCAUCAAAUACAAAUGCAACAACCACAACAUCACACUCCUUCACCAAAGGAGAUGAAAAGAAUAAAAUUAAAAAUGAAGAAGAUUUAAAUUCAGCAGAUGUCGAUGCAGAUAUUGUAAAUAAAGCCAUUCAAGAAGCAGAAAAAGCUGUAAAUGAAAAAAUGUCAUCAGAAAAAAAGAAGGAGGAUUCACUUGAUAAAAAUAAAAUUCAACAAGCAAUCACUGAUAUGGAAGAGUCUUUUAAAAAGAAGCCAUCAAUCCGUGUAGCUGGUCUCAAUGAUUCAUUAACUGAAAAAGAAUUAAAAGAUGCUCUGGCUGAACAUGGUAAAGUUCAUACAUUCACCUAUGAAAGCCCAAAAAAAGAUUCUGCUAUUGUUCAAAUGGAAAAUUAUCAACAGGCAAAAGAAAAGCUUAGCGGUACCAAACUUAAAAACUGUACAUUAACUAUAACUGAAAUACCACUUGCCGAUUCACUUUUAUUUGUUGGUAAUCUAGGUUUUGAAAUUACAAAAGAGCAACUAAAGAAAAUAUUUGAAAAAUAUGGAGAUGUCGAUAGAAUUAUUAUAAUGAAAAGUAAAAGAAGUGGUGAAAAUAAAGGCUAUGCAUUUAUUGAUUAUAGAACUAAACUUCAAGCAAAUUCAGCUAAAACAUCAUUGGGAUCAUUUUCAUUUAAUCGUCGUACAAUUAGAGUGGAUUGGGCUGAAAAUUGUAAUAGUUUAGAAUCAUUACAUUCAAAGACCAUAUUUGUUGAUCGUUUACCAAGAUCAUUUGCCGAUAUUCCAAUUUUAAAGAAAUUAUUUAGUCCAUUUGGUAAAAUUAAGGAUUGUAAUGUAGUUCCAAAUCAAUAUGGCCAACAAAGAGGUUUUGCAUUUAUUGAUUACACAACCGUUGAUGAGGCUGAAAAAGCUCAACGUUUAAUGAACGAUAAAGAUCUUCGUGGUUAUAAAAUUAGAGUAAACUUUGCAAAUCCAGCCAAAGCAGGCCAUAUUUUGAUCAAACCACAAGCACAAUCUAGAAAUGAACAUAAAGGUGUCCAAUCAAACAGAGGUAGUGCACCAACUAGAGGUGGUAUUUCAAGUAGAGGCGGUGCACCAGGAAGAGGUGGUAUAUCGGGUAGAGGAGGCCUUCCAGGUAGAGGCGGCGCAUCAGGAAGAGGUGGUUUACAUGGUCAUCAUGGUGUACCACCACCACACCAUCACCAUCCACAUCACCCAACCAGUGCUUAUGGUGGCUAUCCAAAUAUUCCACCAAUUUCAAUGGUCCCAAAUCAUCCAGGUUUCCCACCAGCUCAUUACAAUGAUCAAAGAUCGGGUGGAUUUGGUGUUGGUGCCAGUAAUUAUCCACCACAUAUGAAUCAUUCACUUGUUCCUCCCAACGCCAAUAACCGUGGUGGUCCAAAUAGUAAUUUAAAUCCAAUUAUGUCUCCUGUAAAUCAAAGCAAUAUUGCUCAAAAUUUCAAUCAACAAAAUACAUUGAAGCAACAACAACAACAAAUCAACCAAUAUCAAGAUACUAUACAAAAAAUGCAAGAAAAAAUAAAUUCUCAACAAAAUGCUUUACUUAGAGUCCAAAAAGAAAAACAACUGGCUUUAAAACAACAACAACAACAACAACAAGCUGCUGAAAAAGAAAAACAAAGAAAGCAACAAGAGGCUCAACAACAAGCUAUUCUUAAACAACAACAGCAACAAGCUGCUGCUGCCGCUGCCGCUGCCCAACACCAACAUCAUCACCACCAUCAACCACCCCAACCACAGCAUCAUCAAUCCCAUCAACCCCAUCAAUCCCAACAACCACCACAAACACAACAGCCACAACAAUAUCAACAACAUCAACAAUAUCAACAGUACCAACAAUAUCAACAACAACAACAACAAACUGCAGCUCAGUAUUAUAAUCAAAUGGGUGUUCCUAAUAAACAAAAUCCAACUGCUACACCAGCAACUCAAAAUACUCCAACUGCUGCUAAUGCUACAAGUCAAACAAAUGCAUAUGCAAAUUGGCAAUAUUAUACACCAGAACAACAAGCUUGGGCUCAUUAUUAUUCACAAAAUUCUCAUGCUUAUCCUCAUUAUUCACAACAAGAUUUAAAUGCAUACUAUGCUCAAUUCCAACAACAACAACCAGGUGCAGAUACUCAACAAGUUGGUCAAAAAAGAGCUUAUGAUAAUAAUACAGGGAUGUAUAAUAAUCAAUUCAAUACACAUACCACUCAUGGUACUCAUCACCAAAAUGAUAAUAAGAGAAAUAGACAUUAA